AUGAAACUGGCAUCAGGUUUGAGGUAUUUCCAUAAUCCUUUGGGAAUUGACGAUAUCGUAGAAACAACGCUAAAGAAUGUUACAUCUGAGGAUGAAAUUUCAAUUUCUACCGAUAUUUCUUGUUUUGUGGAUGACUUAAAUGAAUGUGAGAACUGGGGUGGCAAAGUUAAAUUGAAGAAGAAAACAGAGAGAUCACAAAAAGACCAGUUGUCAAAAACAUUGAUAUCUGAUAACGACUCUUCACUAAACUUACCUAAUAAUAAUCAAAUAAACGAUGUAGGCUUAACCAUGAAUAAUAAUAUAAAUAUUGAUAAUAUUAUCCAAGAGCAAUCAUUAUCUCAAACUACAGUUGAUGUAUGUACACUCAUUGAAAAUCCAUCAUCAUCAUUGCCUCAGUUACCAUCUAAAAAGAAAAGAAGUAAAUAUUUGAAUCCGGACUCGGAGUGGUUAACAAUUCCAUUGGAUCAAAUGUCUUCUCCGUCAAAACUUGGUUUGCUUCCAAAUGGUGGAAUUAUAAUUAGUGGCUGUGGUAGUCAAAGGAAGGAAAAUGGCGACACAUACAACUUAUCAAAUACCUGUGGCUUUGACUCAAUAGUGCAAUUAAUGGCAGUCGCUUUCUGUGUUAGCAGCAAGUUACGUGAGCAAGUUGUAGAUUUUGAAAAUAUUCCUGGAAUUGAGUUAGCAAUUACUAUAUCCAAAACAAAUGCAAUUAAUAAAAAUUUAUUAAGCAAAAGACUUGACAUUUAA